AUGGGUUUUGUCAUUGCAAAAAAUGACACCUCUUUGUUUACUUUUAAGCAUGGUGAAGAUAUGACUUACCUAUUACUUUGUGUUGAUGAUAUUAUUUUGUGCACCUCAUCUGAUGCUUUGUGUGGCCGAUUGAUAUUCCAUUUGAAAACAAAGUUCUCGAUGUCUGAUUUGGGGCCUCUGAAUUACUUUUUGCGAAAUUUUUUAUCCCGUAAUCCUACUUAUAUGAUUCUCUGUCAGCAAAAGUAUGAACAUAAAAUUUUGGAAUGUGCAGACAUGAAGACUUGUAAGCCUAAUGCCACUCCUGUUAACACCAAUGCAAAGCUUAGUGCAGAUGUCGGUCCUCCUGUGGCGGACCCAACUCAGUACCCCAGACUGGCAGGUGCUCUACAUUACCUUACUUUUACUCGCCCUGACAUUGUCUAUUCGGUACAACAAGUGUAUCUUUUUAUGCAUGAUCCACGGGAGCCUCAUUUGUAUGCAUUAAAGCGUAUCCUGCGUUAUAUUCAAGACACCAUUGAUCUCAGACUACACUUAUAUCCUAUUUCUACUUUGCGCUUGAUUACUUAUACUGAUGCAGAUUGGGGUGACAAUCUUAUUUCGUGGUCUACUAAGCGUCAUCCUACUCUUUCUAGGUCAAGUGCAGAGGCAUAUUGCAACCCCGUCCAACAACAGCACACCAAACAUAUGAAGAUGGACAUCCAUUUUGUUCGCGAGAAAGUGACGAUGGAUCAGGUACGGGUGUUGCAUGUUCUUUCGCGAUAUCAGUUUGCAGACAUUUUCACAAAGAGUCUUCCUCAACAAUUGUUUUUGGAUUUCAAAUCCAGUCUUAGCGUACGACCUCCUUCCACUACGACUGCGGGUGUGCGAUAG